AUGAUUCCACUUGAUGUCGAGUAUUAUGAACGCCAAGAUUCCGAAAAACAUAAAAUCAAAAGCUUAACGUUUGUAAAUAAUUUUUCAUUAAUAUUUAAAAAUAAGCUCAUAAUUAUCCAACUAGUUAUAACAACUAUUCACAUUUUUCUACACAUUUUAAUCAGGUUUUUGAGAAGGGAUUUUUCAAGAUCUGAUCUUACCACUUGUUAUAUGGCACUUUUUUCCGCUUUCAUAACUGACGUUAUUUGCUUUUACAUACCACUAAUCCAAUACACUGACCUCUCAAUAUUUGAGGGGUUUCUAUUAUUUAUUCAAAAACAAAAGGGCAGAAUCUCAGUUUUUUACUGCUGUAAUCUCAUUUAUUUGAUAGUUCUAUACAUCGGAAUUUUAACUUCUUUUUUCUGGAAUAACUCACUGGUUUGGGACAUUUUGGGAAACUGGACUCUUGUGGGAGUAUUCCUCACGGUUUUGUGGCUUCCUUUUAACAGGAAAUAUUUUAUAUUAAGUAUCGCAACUUCGCUCAUAAAUCGUAAAUCUUAG